AUGCGCGCAGCUCUUCCUUGGACAAUUAAUGAUUUUCUUGCCCGUAGUAGCUUGUCCGGAUGGAGUGGACAGGGAUAUAAAGCCUGUCCUACAUGCAACGAGGAUACUACUUCUAUUCGAGUGAUUGGUAAGACAUCUUAUGUUGGUCAUAGACGUUUCUUGCCAUCCAAUCAUCGUAUGAGAAAAGACCGUGAAUUUGAUGGAAAUGUUGAGAAGAGACCUCCGCCAAGACGAUUUACUUGUUCUGAAAUAUUAGAACAAGUGAAUGCUCUAUCUGAACUAGCUCCGGGGAAACGAAAAAGAGGCGACACUGAAAAUAACUGGAGGAAAAAAAGUAUUUUUUAUGAACUUGAGUAUUGGAGUGCAAAUGAGUUGAAACACAACAUCGAUGUUAUGCAUGUUGAGAAUAAUGUUUGUGAUAGUAUCCUUGGCACUCUCUUGGAUAAUGACAAGUCUAAAGACACCACUAAUGCAAGACAAGAUUUGAAAAAUAUGAGAAUUCGUCAAUCCUUAUGGAUUUUCGAAGAUGUUCGUAAAAGAUUGCUAAAACCACAUGCCCCUUAUGUGUUAACUGCUAAUGAUAAGCAAUUGUUUUGUAAAUUUUUAAAGGACGUUAAAUUGCCAGAUGGAUUUUGUUCGAACUUGAAGAAGAAAGUAACUAAUGACAAUAUUGUUGGAUUGAAAUCCCAUGAUUGUCAUGUCAUAAUGCAAAGGUUACUUCCAGUUUGUAUUGGCAAGAACAAAGCAAGGCCGGAAGGAUCUAUUGUUGAAGGAUACGUUAUAGAUGAGGCUUCGACAUUUUGUUCCAUGUACUUCAAAGGUGUGCAUACAAAAUUCAACUGUCCUGAGCGCAAUGAAGAUGCUCCUAGUGUAUCUCGCUAUUUAACAGUGUAUAAAUCUCAAUGUCGUCCACUCGGUAAGCAAACAAUAACAACUCUCGAUGAGAAGACUCGCAAAAGAGCUGAGUGGUACAUAUUGCAGAAUUCUAGCGAGAUCGACCCUUAUAUGACAGAGCACCUUGAAAUAAUUGCACAGAGGGACCCGAAUGCCAACCAUAAUCUUUUACACAAAAAAGAAUUUUCUUCGUGGUUUCAUAAGAAGAUUUUUGAUUUGUAUAAGCUCGGGUCUUUAGAACACAGUGAUGAAUUGCUAGCUUUAGCAGCUGGCUAUGAUCUCGUUGUGUAUUCAUAUCCGGCAUGUAUAGUGAAUGGAGUUCGAUUUGUUGUACACAGUCGAGAUAAAGACCGUAACACUCAAAAUAGUGGGGUGUCCGUUGCAGGGACAGAAGGUUUUGACUAUUUUGGGCAACUUGAAGAAAUAUUGCAUUUGUCCUUUAGUGGUGCAUAUUCAAUUGUAUUAUUUCGGUGUAAGUGGUUCAACACAGAUCCGAGAAAGAAAAAAAUCAUUAUCGAAAAUAAUAUCACUAGCAUAAAUGUUAGUGGUGUAUGGUACAAAGAUGAUCCAUACAUUCUUGCCAGUCAAGCUAAGCAAGUUUUCUUUGUGGAUGAUCUAGUUAGAGGUCGUAAUUGGAGAGUUAUUCAUAAUGUCCAUCACCACCAAGUUUGGAAAAAUAUUUUGGCUGCUUCUAAUGAGACAGAUGAUGUUGAUGUUGUACAUGACACAAACUCAUCAAAUUUUACACUAUCAGUGGAUUUGGGGGAGUUGAAUGUCCAACGAACUAAUGAUUCUCCAACAAUUGUAGAUGACCCUCAAAGUUCUGAGAUGGUUGCAAAUGUUGAUGAUAGUAGGGAUGAUGAAGAUGAAGAAAUUGCAGAAGACCUGGAGGAUGAUUUGCUUAUUGAUCAUCUUGAAGAUGAAAUUGAAGAAGCGCCCGCAACAAAUUUGCAUUUCAUUAGUGAUGAUGAUUGUGAAUAA